AAACAAUUUCUUGGGCUUCUAUUCUAUCAACGAUAAUUGUAUAUCUACCUUGCGUACGAUUUCCUACAAUGACGAAUCAUUAUGACGAGCUUGACUGGUCAUAAGUGCGAGCGGUCAUAAGCAGUGGUCGGAAUAGGUAGAGCUAUUUGGGGUGAAUGACCGCAAACAUUGAUAUUAACAUGGACAUGCCUCUGAAAUCCCGGGAUUUUGAAAUUGUCGAUUGAUUUAAGUGAGUUAAUAUGGGUAAGUGGGCAGUUAUGAGCAGGUAGUAGGUGAGCACCCAAACAGUAUAUACUUACUUAUAAACACACACAGGGAUCCUGGAACGUUGUUAGAGGUAGCUUCGUGAAAUAUGAAUUAAUUAAGUAAAACUGUUAGAAACGAUACUAAAUAUACUUUACUGCACAAGGAAAUAUUAAAUGCCUACACAAUACAGAAUAGAAAAAGAUAAUAUCGCUGCCACCGGCUGGAGGUACGCGACGGCUGAGGGGGAGCGCGAGGGGAGUGCUAGCGCCGGGUUUACGCGGGCAGCGGGAGGGGCGCGGGAUCGGCGGGCACGAGCGCUCGCCUGCGCCGCUGCGAGCGAGACGGCGCUUCUCAUUUUACCACGGCGGUGACGCCGCAUUUUGUUAUUUCGUAUUUAUUGUAAUUAAUGUAAUACACAAUUGUCAAAUCAGUCUACGAGUUUUCCUGACCAGCUCCUGCUACACUAAGUUAUCGAUACAUCAAGAACAAACCAAUUUAUCUCUCUUUUAUUAUUAUAUGUUUAUGCUCCAUGUUGCCAACCCGUCGUAAGCGCUGUUUUCGUCGCUUAUUUUUUGUCUCUUUCUAUCUUAAAACGUCUAAAGUAUUAGCUGUCUCACUUAUACAAAUACAGGUACAGCGGGCUUCACUCACUCUUUUGUUUCGGCUUGUAGAGUGCGCACGUGUGAUUUAUUGUGUUCCUUAUUUUAUUUGACGUUGGCUUGUUAACUGGUUUCUGGAAUCUUACUAACACGAAUACUUUGGCUUGGAUUUACGAAUUUUGAUUUGUUUUUUGCGGACUGGAUACAUUUGAAACUGUUUAUUUGAUUUACCUACCACAUUUGGGGCGAUAAACAAGAAAAGCCAAAAAUGCCAAAUAUCAAGGAAGAAACAGUACAAAAGUGGAUAUCCGAAUAUCCAGAGCUGUUAUACGACCACGCUAGUCGUUCAAUAUAUUGCUCGAAGUGCGAGAGCCAUAUAACGGCGAAAAAAUGUAACAUCAAUAGACAUGUCGAAGGAGCCGUGCACAAGGGAACGUUUAAACGGCCUCCGGAGGAAUUUUAUUCCGACCUGAUCAAGUUUCUGGUUCUGUGCAAUAUUCCCUGGUCGCAGAUGAAAAAUCCAGCAUUCAAGGAGUUUUUUCAGAAAUAUAUCUGUACUGUUUGUUGUUGUACUUGUACUAGUCGUAAAGUACCCGAUGAGUCGCUGUUACGAAAAGUAUAUUUAGAUAAAGUUUUUACUAACAAAAUCAAAACAAUUUAUGAAAAAAAUCAAACUGAAAAAUUGUGGAUAUCAUUAGACGAGACAACAGAUUUUUUAGGUAGAAAUAUUGUACAUUUUUUGAUAAAACCAUUGCAUGAGAAUAUCUCAAAUCGGCCAUAUUUAAUUGCCUGCAAGAUGUUAGAGGUGGUUAAUGGACAAACCAUUGCCAACUUUGUAAUACAGUGUCUUGAAAAUCUAUGGCAAAACUCGUUUGAAGAAAAAGUUGAUAAUAUUUUAAUACUAUGUACUGAUAGUGUAGCAUAUAUGAUAUCUGCAGGGCAAAAAUUGAAAUGCUAUUUACCACAAUUAAAACAUGUAACAUGUUUUGCUCACGCACUUCAUCGUGUUUCUGAGCAAAUUCGAAUGGAAUAUAAUGAUGUGGAUAUUUUGAUAUCAAAUGUAAAAAAAAUAUUUCUAAAAGCGCCAAGCCGUGUUCGCAUUUUUAAAAGAAAAUACCCUGACUUACCACUACCUCCACAACCAAUUAUUACAAGGUGGGGUACUUGGUUGGAGGCAGCAUCAUACUACGCAAAACAUUUUGAUGCAAUAAAAGAUGUUUUGUCUCAUUUAUGCAGCUCUGAUGCAAUAGCUAUCCGAAACGCGAAAAACAUAUUACAAAAAGAAAACAUACAAAACGAGUUACAAUAUAUAGAUGAAUAUUUUUCAGUUAUACCGUUUGCUUUAAAAGAAUUACAAAAGCACCACUUGACGCUAAGUGAUUCAUUUUUAAUAUUAGAUACAGUCAGAACUUGUAUAAAUGAGUGUGCAUCAGAAAAUAUUAAAAAUAAAAUUGAAAAAGUUAUAGAAAGAAAUCCGGAUAUAGAUAUAUUACGAGAAUGGAGUGAAAAAAUUGUAAGAAAUGAAACAGAUGACCAAAUUUUAUUGAAAUGCAAAUUUGCUCCAAUGACCUCAACAGAUGUCGAACGUUCAUUUUCCAUAUAUAAAUGGAUUAUGGAUGUAAAAAGAAAUACAUUAAAAAUGGAUAAUAUAGAAAAACUGAUGGUCAUUUAUUUCAAUUCCGUAGAUGGUGAUGGGUUUUUCAGCGAAGAAUUGGUAGACGAUGAAACAUCAUCGUCUACCGGUUUAGAAUAAUUUAAUAAAAAGAUUAAAUUAAUAAAAAAAUAGUUAUUUAUUUUCAUCACGCGCAGUAGCGUGAAGUCUUUCAUUUACGAGCAUGUCAAGAGCUUCUAGGAAUAGAAAGUGUAUCGUAAAGUUUUGUUACUAAUCGUUAAAGAUUAACAUAAGGAAACGGCUUCACGUCACUGCGAGUCGUGAAAAUACCUACUCUCUAUCAAUGUUUUCAAUACGACGGCGUUAUUAAUGCUGAAAAUGUCAUAAUUACAUUUUUACGAAUGAUAUAGUACAAAGUUCUUUAUGCAUAUUUUUGUAAUUUAUUUGCUACUUACUACUUUAGUUAAGUAUAUUUAUAUAUCGUUGUAGACAGACCAACCAGUAAUGUCAACUGUUUUGAAAAUUAAAUAAUAUAUCUAACUCGA